AUGAAGGAAGAAGAAGCGACCCCUACAAUGCCGGCGUCUAAGCCGGACGAGGCCUCUGUCGAAUCUCAGCUACUAUCGUCUAAACAGAAGGAACUGGCUGCAGCAGUCUCCUCGUAUGUGGGCUUUCCCGAGCGAUUGAUGCAAAAAGCGGGAUUCUACAAGUAUCCAUUUCUAUUCCUCGUCUAUCUUUUUGCAUUCCUCUUUGGGUACUACCGCACCUGUCAGCUUCGAGACGCGAUUCUUCGAGAUGCCGGAGAGAAAUUAUUACGCGGCUCGUUGAAGUAG